GGUAACCGAACAGUAUGUUUAAACUGGAUCCACGAAUCCUUCAGUCUCUCCUUAGAUUUUAUCAAAGACGGUUCACUCGACCGAUCCGAUUCGGUGUUCACCGUUGACAACUUUGAAAACGUGGACGAAAACUUCGAAAAAGAGACGCGUUUCGAUGAACCCGCGGCCAUCGAGAAAUGAAUCGUAUCGGCCGGUGAAUCGUUUUCGUUUCCAUGAAUCGGUAAGAGCAAAUAGAAGAGCAGUGCGCGUAUGGACACGUGUUCACGAAUGAGAGGAACAAGACGUGGUAGUUUUCGAGCGAUCGAGGAUUUCUUGGAAACAAGUGAAGAGCAAUUGAAAUUAUGGAUAGAGUACAAACAAAUUUAGUGUGUCACUAUUUUCUGCUACUUGUUUUCGUUUCUCAUGUAACAAGUGAACCGACUUUCGACGAGAUUGAUAUACUUCCGGAAUCCAAUAAAUAUGACGACACAUCUGCAAUUGGCACUGCUGUUCAAACAUACAGAAAUCCGAAAAUGUAUCGACGCGGUUACCAGGAGGAUCGUGGAUCAAUGUAUCAGGAUAACCAUGAUGACCAUCAUGAUGAUGAUCAUCAUGCCAUGAAAGAGGAAGAACCCGAUAUGAAAUCUAUGAGAGCGAAAGUCGAUUAUUGGAGUGGUUAUUAUGAUUUUUUGAUAAACGAAGGAAGUUACAAAUUUUGGGCUGUAUUUCAACUUGCCACCGCAGCUCUCCUCAUCUACAGCGGUUUCGCAGCGCUUUAUUACGCCAAGGUUAAUCCUCCAACAAUAGACGAUGAAUUCGACGAUAUUUUACGUCGACGACGAAGACGAAGAGCAUUGUCCAUCUCUCCACGAGAUAAAUCAUUUUGCGGUUUGGACAGUGCUACAUAUCAAAGGAUAAUCGACGCGAUUGCUAGAAAAAUUCACUGACAAUGAAGAGUUUGUCAAUGAACUUUCUCUCGGUAAAAAUUUAUGUAACGAUUACUUACGAUAAUUUUGACAAAUUUAAUCGAAAUAAUUAUUCGGGAAGAAAAUUCGAGAAAAAAAGAUUCAUUACAAUCGAAAGAUUAAUUAUAAUUAAUGAUCUUUUUCUUGUUCAAUUUGGAAAACAUGUAAUGUCUGCUCUAUUACACAAUGCAUAUUUCCGAUUAUAUUUAUAAUUAAUUUAUAACGAUUAUAAAUUAUGUUAUAACUUGUAUAUAUAUAACAAUUAUAUGUAUCAUAUUAUUAAUGCAGUUGUAUACAUUACAUUUCUGUGCAUGAAUAUUCUACUUAAAAUAGUAAAUGCUAACAGAGAUGAGAGAUGUUUCUUAUAAAAAUAAUGUAUACGUGAAAUAUUUAUUUUUUAAUUCAUCCAUCAUCCCUAUUAAUUUUUUUAGAUUUAAUAUCGAUUCUUUGAUUCCCCUCUUUCACUUAAAUUAAAUUCGAAAAAGUCAGAUGAACAUAAAAUAAGUCACUACUGUAAUAUGAACUAAUUAUUCAUCUAUAAUUAUAAAUAUAAAAUAUAUUUUUCUACUCUACAAUCUACGAAAAAUAUAUUCUAAAAUUUAUAUGAUUUUCUAUAAUGUUUAACCAAUAAUUGAUAUGAACAUACUAAUCAAUUGCCAAUUAGAUAUCAAUGACUGUCAAACGGCUUUUAAAUUGUAUCGAUUAAUUCUUAAAUUUUUUUAUUAAAUCAUUAUUGUAAGUUAUUAUUACGAAUAAAUUCAUAGUAUAUAUAUUACGCGAAUUUAUUAUUGAAAAACGACGAAGAAGGAUUUCUCGGAAAAGCAAAAAGGAUAGGGGAGAAUUUUGCAGGGCGAGUGUCCACGCGCUGGUAUGAACCAUCCUUUGCUAAAUGUAUGCGCGAAAGGAUCAAAACGUAAUAAAAAUCCCUCGAAAAAAUGUCGACCGAUAAAUCAGCGGUGGCUGGCUAUGCACGCCUGUGUCUAUACGAGUUUUAUAUGUGAACACGUAUAAGCGCGAUACGCGUGGUUCAACCUCGAAGGCAAAUUUUCUUGUCGAACAGCGCAACGUAAACGAAAGAUUCUUGAGAAGGAUCAUUUUGGAGGAACAGGAGCGUAAGAUGGAUUUUAUCCUAUCAAUUUUUAUUUUUUAUUAUUAGGAGUGUUGUAUGGUAAAUGAUAAAUAUAAGUUUUAAUAGGAGAUGGUAAAUAAGAAUAUAAAAAUAAUAUAUUUAUCUUUUAGAUUAAGUAAUACUUUUUUAUUUUAUAACUCAAACUUACCAAUUAAUUAAAAUAACCAAUUAAUAAAGUUGGUAAAUAAAUAAUUACUUACUAACUACUAGGAAGAAUACUAGUAAGAAAUGUUACUAGUAGAAGUAUCAAUUUGGAUAAAAUUGAUAGCUUGUUUUGUAUUGCAAUAAAAGAAAAAUAGUGUUUAAAUUUAUUGAAAUAAACGAAAAUAACUCACAUGUGCUACUGUGCUAUUAUAAUGUGAGUUAUAAAAAUUUUAGUAUAAUUAUAAUUGUAUAAUAAUAAAUGGAAUAGUACUCCUUGAAAUAAAGAAAAGAAAAAAGAAAAAUAAAUAAGCAUUGGAAUAAAUAUGCUAUAACAGAAAUUGACUGAAAUUAAUGAACUAUCAUAUUAUUCAAUGAAAAAGUACUAAACUUGCAAUCGUCAAAGUAUUUCAAGAUAUAUUAUAUUAACUAUCUAGCAAGAAAUUAUUUUAUUAUUAAUUAAAUUAAUUUUAGUAUUAACUAUCUCAAAACAAUCAUGACAAGAUUGUGUAUGAAUAUCUUUAUAGCAUUUCUUACAUUAUAUUUCAUUAUUUUAUACAAUAUACUACAAUAUACUUAUACUUUCUCUUGUAUAUUAUAUAGCAAUUAAGUUUAUAAACAAUUCCAUUAAAAAAACAUGAUGUACUCUUUUCUUUUUGAAAUGUUCUUAGAUUAUUCAACUUACAAUAGACAAGUCAUUUGAUUUUAACGCCUCUUCUUCUCUCCCUGAAGUAAAUCAAUUACAUGAGAAAACUGGUUAAGUACAUUCUUUGAUGGAUCUUCGUUAAGUGGAAAUUCUUGUACACAAACGUUACAUCUACGUAAAUAUAACGAAGAUCGGAAGAGGGAUUCAGUAUCUGGAUUCU